AUGGAACCUCUAUCCAUUGACUCUGUUGUCGUCGACCAUGCCCGGGAAAUGACCCCUUCGCCUCCGGGCACUCCUCCCAGCGAGGCCAUUAUGAUUGAACGGCCCAAGCUCAAGGGCAGACAGCGACUACUCAAUGGCCUGCAACGCAUGGGCUCUUCCUCGAGCCUAGCCGGCCUGAGCAGACCACGCUCACACAGUCUGAGAAGCGGCGGAAAAGCAUCCAUGUCUUGCGUCUCGUUGGCAUCACCAGGCUCGCCCUACAGCAACACAUUCGGCAGCUCGUUUGGGUCCGAGCUGUCCAAUGGCUUCUCUACUGCUCCCACUUCAGUCGCCAAUAGCCCGCCAGCCAGUCCAUUCUGGGACGAAAGGACCCGCAUCCACAUGCGUACUCCCGACAUAGCAUCCUCUGUACCUCUGCCUUCUGCCCGCCCGCUAUCACGAAGCGGUAUUGAAGCGGAGAGCGACUACUUUUCGCGUCCUGUCAAGAAGCAUGUCCAGAAGCGGCCCAACUUCAACUUUUGGCGCGAUAUGCCCACCGAGAUCCGCAUGCAGAUACUCCGCCAUCUCGAACCGAAACAGGUCGUGCGCUGUUCGCGAGUCUCUCGAUCAUGGCACCACAUGUGCUUCGACGGCCAGCUUUGGGGCGACCUCGACACCAGUGCUUUCUACCGCGACAUCCCCGCCAGCGCCCUCGUAAACAUCAUAACAUCGGCAGGCCCUUUUGUUAGGGACUUGAAUCUGAGAGGCUGUGUGCAGCUAAAGGAACAAUGGAACAAGAAUGACUGGAUUCAGUCAUGCCAGAACUUGGAGAAUUUCUCGCUCGAAGGCUGCCGCAUCGAUCGAACCUCGAUCCACUGCUUCCUGCUGCAGAACAGCCGCCUUGUACAUGUCAAUCUCUCCGGGCUCGCAGGUGCCACAAACGCAGCCAUGAAGAUCAUUGCAUCCAGCUGCUCGCGGGUCGAGGUGCUGAACAUCUCUUGGUGCAACAACAUCGACAAUCGCGGGCUCAAGAAGGUUGUCGAGGGCUGCCCCAGGCUAAGAGAUUUGAGAGCUGGCGAGGUGCGAGGCUGGGACGAUGUUGAUCUCAUGGUCCAGCUGUUCAAGCGCAACACCCUUGAGAGGCUGGUUCUCAUGAACUGCGACAGCCUCAGCGAUGAGUCGCUUGCUGCCCUCAUGGAGGGUGUAGGCGAAGAAGUCGACCUUCUCACUGACCGGCCAAUUGUGCCUCCUCGCAGGCUCAAGCACCUGGACCUCACUCGAUGUCGCACCAUCACCGACACUGGACUCAAAACUUUGAUCGGCAAUGUCCCGCACCUUGAAGGCCUUCAGGUCUCAAAGUGCGGUGGACUGACUGACGACGCUUUGAUGGCACUACUCCCCACCAUGCCACUCUUGACACAUCUCGACAUUGAAGAGCUUGAUGGUCUCACAAACGAGGUCCUCAAAACAUUGGCUGAAUCUUCCUGCGCUGCACACCUCCGGCACCUGUGCAUCUCCUACUGCGAGAAUCUCGGCGACACUGGAAUGCUGCCCGUCUUGAAGGCUUGCUCAAAGCUCAACUCGCUGGAGAUGGACAACACUCGCAUCUCUGACCUCGUCCUUACCGAAGCCGCUGCAAGCAUGCGUAAUCGCAACCGACUUGGCCGCGGCUUAACUGUCUCAGAACGUCCUGAGAUUGGCCUCCGCAUCGUGGCCUACGACUGCGCCAACGUCACCUGGACGGGCGUUCGCGAGGUCCUAUCACGCAAUGCAGAAAUCACUCGUCCCUCCAAAACCUCCGUCUCUCAAGUCGCCACCUACCCGCGUGAGAUCAUCCAGUUGAAGUGCUUCUACAACUGGCAACCCACAGUUGAGGAGCACACCAAACGUGUACUCAAAGGCGAUUUUUCUGCAGCCGCGCGCCUAGAGCGCAAGUGGGCCGACUGGAUGAUGCUGAACGAAGAGGCCGGUGUGGGUGGCGCGGGUGCGCGUCGUCGACGGAGGAGGGCUCGCGAAGCGCAGAUGAUGCAUGCUGACGAAGAGGAAGGUGGCGCUGGCGUGACUGGAGGCGUCGGUCGCCGUCGACGAGCGAGAAGUGGUCCUGGAGGAUGCACUGUGAUGUGA